AUGGUGGCGUUCAGAAACAGAUACAUGGUGAUGGAGGUUUUUCUCAACCCUAAUAGAGAAAAAGUGGGCGAUCAUUCUGUUAUAAUUACACAGUUUAAUGUCUCCAAAGCUGUGAGAGAUAGCAUUUUGGAGAAUUUUGGGGAGUGUGGUUUGGCUUCCUCGUUGGAUCAUUCCAAGGUAGUUAAGUAUGUGAAUCCAAUUACUAAGGUGUGUAUAAUUAGGGUAUCAAGGGAGGAGUAUCAGAAAGUAUGGUCUGCCAUUACAAUGGUCACAAAUAUUGGAAACUGCCCGGUCGUGUUUAACUUGCUGGAUUUGUCUGAGAGACUGAAUGAGGUUGAGCACAGGAUGAAGACAUUUGAGAAUAGCAUGAAUUUCAGCAUGGACAUGGAUCACGACCUCCACUCUGUUGAGGAGGUUACAAGAACAAAAAGUAACAGGGUAGACUUCUGCCGACAUGUUACUUAUGGAUCUGGGGUUAAAAUGUGCCGAUUCUUUACCUUGGUGGUAACUGGGAAACAGCUUCACGAUCCAUCCUAA